AUGGCAGACACUUCUAGCUUGCCUUCGAUUGCGCAGAAGAACAAUCAUGUAACUGAAGUUCAACAUAGGAGAAUUCCAGAUAAGAAGCAGGACGAAUUUUAUUCUGACAAUGAAGUUGAAAUAGAUACUAUUGAAGAUACGGAGCUCCCUGGUUACCUAUCAAAACAAUACUUCCCAUUGUAUGGUAUGUGCUUUAUUGUUUACCUCUGUUCUACCAUGCAAGGCUACAAUGCUUCUUUAAUGGGUUCCAUUUAUACCAUGAAGCCUUACUUGAAUUACUAUAAUUUAGAUGUAAGCUCAUCUUCCGGAACUGGUUUGGUAUUUUCAAUCUAUAAUGUAGGUCAGAUUUGCGGUGCAUUUUUUGCUCCUCUCUCAGAUUGGAAAGGAAGGAAAAUCGCCAUUAUGUUUGGUUGUUUUGGUGUUAUUCUUAGAUCUAUUAUCACUGGUGCAACAAGUACGAAGAGUGGAUUGAUUGGCGGUAGCUAUAUGUUAUGUUUCUUCUCUACUAUUGCUUGCGCAGCCGCUCCUGCGUACUGUGUCGAGGUUGCCCCAUCACACUUAAGAGGGAAAGUUGCCGGCCUUUACAAUACUCUUUGGCAUGUUGGUUCUAUCAUUGCAGCUUUUAUCACAUACGGUACCAACAAAAACUUCCCUAAUUCGUCUAAAGCUUUUAAGAUUCCAUUAUACUGUCAAAUGAUUUUCCCCGGUAUUGUUUUCAUUUUUGGUUGGUUGCUACCAGAAUCGCCCAGAUGGUUAGUGGGAGUUGGACGAGAAUACGAGGCUCGUGAAUUCAUUGCAAAGUAUCAUUUUGGGGGUAACAGAGACCACCCAUUAAUCGACUAUGAAAUGUCUGAGAUCAUAGAGUCAUUCCAUGGCACAGACAUGUCUGCUCCACUAGAAGUUUUGAACCUUACACCAUUGUUCAAAAGAAGAUCUGAUAGAUAUAGAUUGGGGUUAAUCGUGGCUAUGGGAUGGUUUAGUCAAUUUUCUGGUAAUAAUGUCUGUUCGUACUAUUUACCUACCAUGUUAACAAGUGUCGGCAUGAAGUCUGUUUCCGUCAAUGUAUUAAUGAAUGGUGUUUACUCUAUUGUGUCUUGGAUUUCAUCGAUACUCGGAUCAUUUUGUCAUGAUAAAGUUGGAAGAAGAAAGAUGUUCAUGGCAUCUACAUUAGGCGCCGCAUUGGCAUUAUCAGGAUUAGCAAUCUGCACAGCACGUUAUCAAGCAGGUAGUAAAGGAGCAUCAAAGGGAACAUUGGUUUUCAUCUAUCUAUUUGGUGUAAUUUUCUCUUUUGCAUUUACUCCUAUGCAGCCUAUCUAUCCUUCCGAGGUAUCAUCUAAUUUGAUGCGAUCUAAAUCUCAAUUGGUGAAUAACGUUGUGUCUGGAGUGGCUCAGUUCGUUAAUCAGUUUGCUGCACCAAAAGCAAUGAAGAAUAUCACGUACUGGUUCUACGUUUUUUUCGUUUUCUUCGAUAUUUUUGAGUUUACCAUUGUUUACUUCUUCUUUGUCGAAACUAAAGGGAAGACUCUCGAAGAGUUGGCUGCUGUAUUUGAAGCUCCAAACCCAAGAAAGGCAUCGACUGAUCCAGUUUUCGCCGCCGAGGUAAGAAGAAAUAUGCUCAGGGAAAAUGGUAAGAGACAAAUCAGAGCGGCUAGAAGUGUAGCUAAUAGUAACCUUAAUGAUCACAAAAUAGAUGCUCAUAAGGCGGACGCCGAGAAAUUAAUCAAAAUAAAGGAGUACGUUUGA